UUUCAAGAGACUCACAUUUGUCUUCCCUGUGCCCUUAGUUUUUCGGUCAUCCAUCAGCUGAUUCCAUCGUAAACCUAAUCUCAGUAGGGACGUGAAUAUAAAAGCAGCGAUUUUUUAUCCGCUGCCAUUCCAGCCUUCUCGUAGUCGUAGGAGGGAGAGGAGAAGAGGAGAGGAGAAGGGAUCGGGUGGAAGAGUAGCGCGGCUCAAGCCGGCUGCUGGUCUGUUUCCUGCUUUUUCCGGCAAUGGAGUGCGGCUCCGUUGCCGUUGCUGCGGUUUCGUGCCCUCUGAACCCGCCGGCGGAGGCUGCGAAUGCGGCCGGCCUCUCAGAGGAGUUCGAGGCCUCCGUCAGGAUCGACGCAAGUGGAGAUAGCCGGGUGGAUAGCGUUGGCCGUGCGGAGGGCGAGGGCGAGGUCGAGAGGCCGAGCGCGUGGAAAAGGCCGGCGACAAACGGGAACGUAGUUUGUGCUGUAAUGGGGGCAGAGUCGUGGCCUCCGCUCGCCGCGAAUCAUGCAGACGCAGGGCCAGAUUGUGGUAGCGGGGGAGAGGUUUGUCCUGCACCUCCGCCUCCGCCACCGCCACCGCAGCAAGAAGAGCAGUUUCAGUCUGUGGAGGGAUCAAUUCAUGAACAAAAAUUGAAUGGUCAUGGAGAUGCUACACGUUCUCAUAGACAAACUCAUAUGCACCAUAAGUCAGGUCCAAGGCGGUAUUAUCCUGCAAAUGGCAUUGCUCCAGUUUAUCCUAUGCAUCGUUCUCCUUCAUAUAUUCUACCAUUUCCUCAAAUGCCCAUGUAUCCUCCACAUUCAGCAGCUCAAGAUUACACAUUCCCAGCUAACCCCAGUCAGAUGUUUCCUUCAGAUGCUACCUUUUGUAGACCUGGAUAUCGUAUGCCCAUGAGACCCUUCAAUCCACAUGCAGCAGGAAUUGGUGCUGAUAUCCACGGUAACAUUCAGAGACCAAUUCGAGGUAAUUCAAACUCUUGCAGGAGCAAUUUUUAUAACAGAAAGCUUUUAUCUCAGAAGCCUAUUGGCCGGUAUAAUCAUCCAUGGCAUCACCAAUGGCCAUAUAUUCCCAGUAACAUGCCACAGCAUGCUGGUCCAACUUUUCCUGGUCAGCAUCCCCGCUUUUUUGGUCCACCUCAGGCAUUUAUGAAUACAGCUCCUGCUUCAAUCUUCCAUGUUGCACCACCACCUUAUGAACAUGCUAGCAGUGCACACCAUUUUGCCCAACCGAAUCUGCCUUCUCCCCAAAUGCCAGUUCCUUUCUCAUCACCUCCGCAAUCAUCUCUUUUGGCAUCUGAAGUUAUCUCCCAGUCGACUGAUUUGCAGGAGUUGAAAACUCGGAUAGUCAAACAGAUAGAAUACUAUUUCAGUGCGGAAAAUUUGUGUAAAGACAGGUUUAUGCGCAGUGUAAUUGAUGAAGAAGGGUGGAUCUCUAUAAAAUUAAUUGCUGGCUUUAGACGGGUUCUAGCCAUGACAGAAGAUAUUGAAGUAGUCAUUGAUGCACUCAAGGAUUCAAGUCAAGUUGAAUUACGAGGGAAUAUGAUGAGGAAAAGCAAAGACUGGGACAAAUUUCUUGGUCCCUUGCCAGAUGAUGUGUUUCUGGUCUCUUCACAUGCUUCACAAGGUGAUGAUACUAUUAGAAGAGCAUCCAGUGGCACGGAAAAAUGUCUGGAGGCCAUUGAAGAGAUUGCAAAACAUUAUACAGCAUCUGAUGAUUCAAAUGGCAUGUUUGAGAUGGCUGAAGGUGUUCUAAAAUGUCAUCAUGGGAUUAUUGUUCCUUCCUGCAAUCAUCAUGGCACUUUGAUAAGUUCUCAAGAAGAAGGCAUCCAAUUGGAGCAUGCCUCUGAAAUUGGUACUGCAUCUGCAGGCUCUUCUGAAAAUGAGGUUGAAAAAGUAAUGCCAGCUGGAAAAAGGACACAUAUUGAAAACUUGACAAGUGAACCAUUGGAUUUAGGAGCAAACAAUGUCAUUGACGUUGUGAUUUUUGAUGAAUCGAGUGACCGUCCAAAGGACAGCGUUCUUUCUGGUUAUUCUACAAAGAAAAGCUUUGUCAAUUCCUUGGGUCAACCAGAAUCAGCGGGUGAUGCUUUUGUAGCUGCGCCUUCAAUUUCUAAUGGGGACUGUGGCCCUCCCCUGCUUGAUGAAGAGCUUCCAUUAGAGUAUACUGAUAGAGUGGAUCAUAUUUCAUCUACUGGAAGGAAUAAGGAAUUCGAUGAUCAUAUGGAUGUCAAUGACCACGAGAUACAAAAACUUGUAGUUGUGUCUCAGGAGCGUGCUCAUAGUGCUCAAAAUUGCAUAUCUAGUGAAGAUGUCAAAGAUAGAGAUCUGGAAGCUUGUAACGUUGUUCCUGGAUUAGUGUCUUCAAGGCCUAAUGCAGUUCUCAGUGGAAUCAAUGUCAUUGAAAAUAGCCAUUUGAAUGCUCAAAGGAGGAACAAGGAUAGGUGUGAUACCCAUUUGCAGUAUGAUCAGCUCCUAUUUCCUUCUAAUUCUAAUAGUUACGGUUCUGACUGUGGUCCACAUGGUCUUUUGUGUGAAAGUUCACCAAGCAACUUAGUGGGAUUUUUCUUUGGGAUGACUCCACCUGAAAGCUGUGGCCCUUCCGUUGAAUCUAUGAGAAAGCCCUUUGCUCUCUUUCAGCAUCCAAAUUCUCAACUUCUUGAAGCAAGUGGUUUCAGGCAACAUAAGUAUUUGGAGUACUACAAGUGUUCCUUAAAUGAUCGUAAGAGAAUGGGGAUUGGUUGCAGUGAGGAAAUGAACAGCCUCUACAGAUUUUGGUCGUUUUUUCUGCAAUAUCAUUUUAAUCGCUCUAUGUACAAUGACUUCCGGAAGUUGGCACUUGAAGAUUCAGCAGCUAAUUAUAGUUAUGGAUUAGAGUGCCUUUUGAAGUUUUAUAGUGAUGGAUUGGAGAAGAAGUUCAGAGGAGACUUGUACGAUGAUUUUGAGCAACUGACCCUUGAGUUAUAUAGCAAAGGGAAUUUGUAUGGCCUUGAACAGUAUUGGGCAUUUCACAACUUGCAAAAGGGAAAGAGGCCCCUAAAGAUGCAUCCGGAGCUGGCAAAGUUGGUUAGGAGUAAAAGUUUCUCUCUGAAUGAGUUCGCCGCCAUGUCAAAAAUUACACAAGAUCGCUUUCUUUACACUAAUUGUGCUGCUGAUGAUCAUGCAAAUAGCAGAGCGUCUCCAGCUUCAGUUGAAGCUGUGAAUCAGUGAUGGUUUGGCGGAAGGGAUGACUGAGCAGCGCUCCGAGCCGAGUGUGUCAUGGAGGCUUAGUCUUGAUUUUUUGUAUUAAUUUUUUAACCAAAUUUUUUGGUUUUUUUAUUGCCCUCUGAUAAUGGUGAAGAUUGAAUUGGGUGGGUGGCUCUGAAAUUUUUUUUGCUUUGGAGUCGGUGAUUCACCUGGGCUUCAUUGUACAUAUGAAUAAUUGUUGGAAUGGGCAGUGAAAUUUAUUAAUCACAGAUUUGAUUUUUAUUUUUUCCUGAA